AUGGAUGACCCUCGAUUAACUCGCAUCGACGGGACCCUAACCUCUCUAUUUGAGAGCCUUGUUCCACCUCCCAAUCUCGACCAAGACGAUACCAACACCGAGUUUCGCAUUGACCGAGCUAUUCAAAAUGCAAAAGAGAUUGUUCAUAGUGCCGACUCCCGUUUGCCCUCGGACACCAACCAAGCACAGGACCUGAUCAAGAGAAAGUUACUUCGCGAAAAUGCGUCCCCAGAGAAAGCGGCGAGGUUUAGCAAUCUCUAUUCCAGGCUCCUCGCCAUUCCCGUCCUGAGUCAAAAAUGGGCAAUCCUCUACCUCCUCUACAAACUGUCCGAUCCAACCAUCCCCGAUAUGCGCCUUCGAAAUCCAUUGGCUGACUCUGAUCAACUCGCAAACAUUCCGCGGCGGCAUACCGUUUCUGCAGAGAAACCUUUGACCCCAGAAAAUCAAGACGAUGGCGAGUCGCACAAGCCUUCCCUCCCCACCGCCCGAGCCUUGCUGUCCAAAAAGCGACAGUCGCAGAGGGAUCACGUGGAGUCUUCCCCAGAAGAAGAUGAAGCACAACCCGAGGGGCCAGAAAAGGAAGAACCUGCCCAACCCAAAAAAGAGCCACGGGUCAUUUGGCCUUCGGAGCUGGAGUUGCUGAGAGAUCUUCCAUUCAAUCUUCAGGGUGUUUCCUCUGCGCACCUCGAGUUUACUGCCACCGCAUUUCUUAAACUACCCCCCUGUUUGCCGAUCCCUAUCCUCUCCUUGCUCCAUGCUCUCGCAGAACCCUGCUUGCUCUAUCGAGGCCUUGCCGAAUAUGCUGCAGCUCAAGAUGGCGGUCUCAUUAACCAGAGUCUUCGUUCUGCCAUCAAUAACGAAUUGCGCUCGUAUUUGACUCUGGUCGCAUCAUUGGAAACUGAAAUUCGACAGGCCCUAGCCACUGUCGAGAACAGUCAGGAUCCCAAGGCUGUUCGGUUGGCUGACGUGACCCUCAAGCGUUGCUUGAUAUGGACCAGAGAUGCCACAAUGGGCCUGCGACUGAUGAAGCUGAUUGUGGAACACUCCAUGCAAAAGCGAGGGGGUCAAUUGAUUUCCAUUAUCCACAAUUUGUCCUCCUCACAUGGUGAUCCUUUUGUUGCAUCAUUUGCAGAAAGGCUUCUAACCCAUGUUGCUCGCCCAUUCUACGAAAUGUUGAAGCAUUGGAUCUAUGAUGGCGAGUUGAUCGAUCCUUAUCAUGAGUUCUUCAUUACAGAACCGGACACAAACCCUGAGCAGCCGGUAGACCAUCGACACGUAGCCACGUCCAUUUGGGAAGAAAAGUACAAGCUCGAUUCAGCUAUGGUCCCCUCAAUCAUCUCUUCCGAGUUUGCUAAGAAAGUUUUUCUCAUCGGCAAAUCCCUCAAUUUCAUCCGUCACAACUGUGGCGAUUCCGACUGGGUCAUUCAAUACUCAAAGUCGAAUUCAAAGUCCUUGGAUUACGCCAAUACGGCCAAUCUCUCCUUGUCCAUCGAUGUGGCGUACCGAACAACCAUGUCACGAUUGACCCAUCUGAUGUCCACCAAAUUUGGGCUGUUUACCCAUUUGACGGCAAUCAAGAAGUACAUGCUGUUGGCUCAGGGAGAUUUCUUCGACCUCCUGAUCGAGUCCCUGGCUCAACAUCUUGAUCGUCCAGUGAAUUCAAUGUAUCGACACAAUCUUACGUCACAGCUUGAACAUGCGAUCAGACAUUCGAAUGCACAGUAUGAUGACGCUGAAGUCUUGCGACGACUGGAUGCGCGUAUGCUGGAGCUUUCGAGCGGUGAGAUUGGUUGGGAUUGUUUUACGUUGGAGUAUAAGAUCAGCCCCCCUUGCGACGUUGUCAUUACUCAGUGGGCAAGCACACAAUACCUCAAAAUCUUCAAUCUGCUCUGGCGUAUCAAGAGAGUAGAGUUCUCUCUCAAUUCGACUUGCAAACGCUGUAUGACCGGCGGGAGAGGAGUUCUUGCUGCAGUAAGUGACAAGUUAGGAAAUGACUGGAAACGGUCGAGGUGUGUGGUCGCAGAAAUGGUUCAUUUCAUCAAUCAACUGCAAUACUAUCUCUUGUUUGAGGUCAUUGAAGCCAGCUGGGAAAUCCUACAAGAUGCUAUUCAUAAGCCAGAAGCCACUCUCGAUGACUUGAUCGAAGCUCACACCACCUAUCUCAAAAACAUCACAAAGAAAGGCCUGAUCGGUCAGCAACGGCAUCCCGUCACUGGUCAACAAGAAGACAGCCUUGUGGUGCAAGUACAUCACAUCUUGAAAUGCAUGCUCGCUUACCGCGAAGUUGUCGACGGCCUUUACUCUUACAGUGUUGCGGAGUACACUAGACGACAACAAUUCAAUCUAAAAAUAGAGCAGCGAACUGCACAAGGGAGAUGGGGUAUUACGGAGAAAGAUAUCCUGGGCGAUACGAGGGCCAGCACACCGACAUCCUUAGCAGCCGGGAGACCCGCCAAAAGAGCACAGCUUGUGUCCGAAGGUAGUGACUCACCGCUUACCCCGCCAGUCGCAAAUCUGAGUGUUGGUGACGAUGAAACGCAUCUGAAUUCGAUAAGGUUAAGGCAGUUGAAUCUAUCUGCAGAAUUUAGAUCUCGUCUGAGCAUGUUGUUGUACGACCUUUCGCACCAGCCUGACGUGGAUUUGAGAUUUUUGGGAGUUGUCAUGAAUUUCAAUGAGGUCUAUCAACCUGUCAACGUUCGAAGACAACAAGCGAGACGGGCUCGAGAGAAGCGAGAAAUGGAAAGGAAAACUCGGGAACCGACCAUGUCCUCCGAGGGCAACAUGUCCAUCGAAAAAGACUUGAACAGCUCAACGACGAAGACCUAA